AUGGUGAGCUCUUUGUUGGAGUUGACUGCCUAUAAAGUUGCUGACUAUAUUGAACGUGGAAAGUACAAUAAAAUGAAUUAUAUUCUUGAUGCAAAAUCGAGUAAUGUCAUUUACUGCCAUCUCAGAAAAAUGCGGAGCUCCAGUUAUAUUUUAUCAAAGGAUCGAACAAGAAACGAGACGAGUUGGACACAUAGAGCAACAGAACAAAUACGUCUGAAAUUUCAAAUAUCCAAAAUUGAUUUCACUUAUACUUUGUUAGAUUUCAAGACAUUUCGAAUGCUCAGAGAGCAACAUCUUGAUACCCUUAUUUUAGGGCAUUUGAUUAAUGUCCGUGAAUGGUUUUUAGAUGAUGAAAAUAAUAUGAAAGUUGACAUUUUCAAAUUUUUGAGAGAAUUAUUGAAUGAAGAGUGUCGACUGAAACUUCAAAACUUAGAUAUAACCGGUCAUCAAUCAUCUUCAAAUUUAUGGAUACAAGAGAUUGGUUUGAUGCUUCCGAAUCUCAUGCAUUUCGUUAUAAGUUACACUAACCUAGAUUCUGAUAAGUUCAUUCAACUUUGCCAUAAUUUCACCAAUUUAUGCUCAUUGGACAUCAGUGACGCAAAUAUCAAAAAUCUCAACGGAAUCUCACAUUUAAAAAAUCUACAAAUUCUAUGUAUCCGGAAUCUGGAUUUUGAACAUCAUUUCGAUUUGAUUGAUUUAUUCAGUUUGAAGAAUUUAAGAGCUCUAGAUGUCUCGAGACAUACAAACAAUGCUGUUACAAGAAUCAUCGAAUUGUAUUUAAACUGUGGAAUGUUACUCCCAGAGUUAAGAUAUUUAAAUUGCACUGGAACUGAUAUGAAUCAGAACUUUUUGAAGAAUUUUCAAAAAUCUCAUAAAAGCCUCUGUGAACUUGUAGCCCUGGGUACAGAUUUAGAAGAGUCAACGAGUUAAAAUAUUAAUAUUCGGAAUCCAUCUAGUCUUUGCUCACUUCUUGAAUUUCUCACUAAUCAGUUGAACUCACAUAGAUCAUUCAUAUUAGAUUGGUGCUUAAUGUUUUUAAAUGGAUGGAUUCAUGAAUACUAUGAGCAUUUUAAUGCAUCUUGGAUUUUAGACCUUAUUAUUCGAGCAAUGAGAACGUCUUCAACCUCAAUGCUUCAGUACUUUGGAGCACAAUUCUUGAUAAAAAUUGCAACGUAUUACAUUCAUCAACUGAACAGUUGUGAAGUUUCAACAUUAGUAAUUUCUCUAGUAAACUCUGUCAUGUUUCUGCCGAAAAUGGAUACGGAGCAUGGUCGAGAAAUCAAUAUUAUGGCUUGGAAUACUAUAGAUUCACUAGCAUCUUAUGUGUAUUCUUUUGAUUGUGACAAUAUUUGCAAGACUGCCAUGAAAUUCCUAACAACAACUGGAGUCUAUGAUGGAUUUCAGACCCGAGCACUUCAUGUUCUUGUCACGCUAGUCAGAGAUAGUGAACCCGGCGAUCUUCUAAAUGUGGGAGUGAAUGCUGCUCGACUAAUGGAAAUAUUGGAAUUAAGUUUUCGAUGGCACAUUGCCGGUUUUCAAACUAUUCAUUGGUGUUUUGAUGCUAUUCGAAUUCUUGAACACCUCACUUGUUGGAAAGAGUUCUGCAUUGAAAUUGUGAAAAAUGGUGGAAUCGGAAUUCUGAUUGGGUAUAUCGAAAUGUUUGAUAACGAGUUAUUCCACAUAAAAAUACUCACCGUAUUACUCGCUAUAUGCGAUAGACUAGAAUACAAAGACCUAAAGAUUUUCUUUGCGGAUUGCACAUACGUAUUUUUAGAAAGAAUGCUCAACAAAUGGAAUGAUGAUCGAGGAUAUUAUGUAUGGACAAUUCUUACAUUCCUUGUAGCAAAUGCAGAUAAAAAUCAAGUUGAACUUCCUUUCUGUGACUCAGCAAAUCAAUUAAUUUUGGAACGUGUUCCAACUCAUCUAACUGAUCAAAUCAGAGAAUAUCUUGCAAAUUAUUCACUUCGCACCAAAUUUCGAAAAAUCGUUUCGUUAUCAAAAAGAGAUGGUCCAAUUUUUUGGGUUCUGGUAUCUAUGAAAAAAUUCGUGGAACAAAAUACAGACAGAGAAUCGUUUAUUUUUACAUUCACACAAGGACUUUUCAAUGACGAGAUCCGUAAACUUGAGACUAAGUCUACUAUUGUAAAAUCUGUAAGGGAUGAACUCAUUACUUUGUUUGAGUUAAGUCCAUGAUU